GAAUAACCGGUGAACGAUCGCGUUCUGAAAUGUAAAUUGGAACAAAUUCAAUCAUUCUAAUAAGAGCAAUAGGAACAUAUUCUUCUUGGAUAUCUGACAGAGAACAAGUGUUCGCAUCGCCUUCAACCAGAAAGAUCGAUGCUCCGAAUUCUCUCAGCCAGACAUCACUGUCUCAACGCCAUCAAUUGGUCAACUCUAAUGGAACAUACCAGUAAAAAAUUCUUUUUUUUUUUAUUUUUCCUUUACGCCGUAAGAUUUAUUUCAUUAAAAAUUGACACCACUCGUUGAAUAUUGGAAGGGGAAAUUAUUUUUACGAAUUAGACUCCCGGAUUUGCAUUUGCACUUAUAAUAAUUAGAAGCAAGCUGAUUACCAGGAAAGAAGCGGUGAUAAAUCUCUUGCAUAAUAAAGGCAUUGGAGCAGAUUAAAAAAGACUGGCACGACUAUAAACAGAUAGCCGAAGAUAAAGUUCGUACGGGAGCAGGAGAACAAGGUACUGCUUUUUAUCUACCACCAGGAAGCGAACAAGAGAAAGAUAAAUUGUACAAAGUGAAUGGAUUCAAUGCUAUGGUCAGUGACUACAUAGCACUUAACCGUUCUCUACCAGAUAUCAGACAUCAUGGAUGUAAGAACAAACUAUAUCUGAAUAAAUUACCCGUUGCCAGCGUCGUCGUUCCUUUUCACAACGAGCAUGGAUCUACUCUUCUCAGAACGGUCACCAGCGUUCUUAAUCGAGCGCCUCCCGAACUAAUUAAAGAAAUCAUUUUAGUAGAUGAUUUUAGUACCAAAGAACAUUUAAAGCAACCUUUAGAGGAAUAUGUGAAGGAACAUUUUCAAAAAGUGAGAAUCAUUCGUGCUACGAAAAGAGAAGGGUUGAUAAGAGCUCGAUUGAUGGGUGCCAGAGAAGCAACUGGUGAUAUUAUUAUAUUUUUGGAUUCCCACACCGAAGCAAAUGUUAAUUGGCUGCCUCCUUUAAUAGAACCGAUCGCCCUGGAUAAAAAGACGGUGGUAUGCCCCUUCAUCGAUGUCAUUGAUUACGAGACCUUUGCUUAUAGAGCUCAGGAUGAAGGUGCUCGAGGAUCUUUUGAUUGGGAGUUAUAUUACAAGAGAUUGCCACUUCUUCCAGAAGAUCUCCAACACCCUACAGAACCCUUUAAAAGUCCAGUAAUGGCCGGAGGGCUGUUUGCCAUCGAUAGAAAUUUCUUCUGGGAGUUAGGAGGAUACGACGAAGGACUGGACGUCUGGGGUGGAGAACAGUACGAACUAUCUUUUAAAAUAUGGCAAUGCGGAGGAGUGAUGGUGGAUGCGCCUUGCUCCAGGAUAGGACACAUCUACCGAAAAUUUGCACCCUUUCCUAAUCCCGGUAUAGGAGACUUCGUCGGUAGGAAUUACAAACGAGUGGCAGAAGUAUGGAUGGACGAAUACAAGGACUUUUUAUAUAUGAGAAGGCCUCAGUAUAGAUUAUUAGAAGUAAACGAUCUAAGCCGACAAAAAGAACUCAGGAAGAAACUCAACUGCAAACCAUUCAAAUGGUUCAUGGAGAAUGUUGCUUUUGAUCAGCUUAAAAAAUAUCCUCCUAUCGAACCACCCGAUUUCGCUAAAGGAGAGAUACGAAAUGUCGGAAGCGAUUUGUGCGUCGACACCAGAUUCAGAGGACAGAAUGAAAGAUUUGGAUUAGAGAAGUGUAUUAAAGAUAGCAUUAACCAGGGUGGAGAACAGCAGUUCGUUCUGACCUGGCACAAAGAUAUCCGUCCCAAGAAACGAAGUGUAUGCUUCGAUGUGUCUAGUCCAGAACCUCAUGCACCUGUUGUCUUAUGGAGCUGUCACGGGUUGCAAGGGAAUCAGUUGUGGAAAUACGAUUUGACAAAUCGACAUUUGGUACAUCCCGUGACCGGCAAUUGUCUGGAUUGCGAUGGAGAGAGAAAGGAGAUAUUCAUGGGCCCUUGCGAUACGGAUAAAUUGUCUCAACAUUGGAAAUUCGAAUUCGUCAAUGCAUCUGCGCUUUCUGCAUGGUGAAGAAGAGCGGAAAUUUUUCUACCAAUAUGAAUAUAGAACUCUUUAGCUUGACGUAACCAUUAUUGGUGAAACGACUCGAAGCGAUAUCAGGAGAACAUUUUUUUUGCUGAAUAAAAAUAAUU